AUGGCUCCCCAGGACCACCCGCCGCAGCAUCAGCAGCAACCAUACACGCCGAGUUCGGCCUCGACAAUCUACGCAUCGCCGGCUUCAGAACACGGACGCCUGCCGCCACCGCCGACAACGAGUGCGACGACACCGAAUGGAGCUCUGCACCCAGGCGGAACGCCAUUAUCUUCGUCAACCGUCGCUGCACACCCAUCCUCCCAGUCCUACCCCUACAACGGCAUCGUCAAGACAGAAGACAGCGUCGACGGCAACUCGGCCAGCCCGGACGGACAACUGAACGCCUCCGACGAGCCGCCCAAGAAGAAGCAGAAACGCAACAAACCAACCCUGUCAUGUCACGAGUGCGUCGAGCGCAAAACGAAGCAAGCCGAGCUUCACUCCUUGCGCUUGCUCCCCCUACCCUCCCCCGCACUCGGAGCUUCAUGGUCCACCGUGGCUCUCGCAGCCGCGCCGACGCUGGCCCGAAGUCUGGACCCGGCCGUCUGUCAACAUGUCUGCUGCUAUUUGCAGGAGGCGGGCGCCGAGAGAGUCAUGAGCCUCGCACGUGGCAUGCACGCUGCCCGAACCUUGUUGGCUCCUCAGAUCCCGGAGACGAGCUUUUGA